UUUAAAAAAAAAACAAGCUAGGGCUUUCCAAUGAUUAUGUACUGUGUAAGAUAAAGAAAUUUUGACCACGGUCACCUGAAAUAUUUCGUCAUUCACGUUGACCUCUCCUUGGUCACCGAUACAGAGUGGUGGACCUAACUUUCUAGGAAGCUUGUAAAUUGCGGGAUGGGGCCCAUUGUAUGCAGUACCGUUUAGUAUGGACAUUUAUCGCUGAUGUGUGUCUGGUGUAACCGGAAUGUAGCGUGCCUUUGUUGAAGUCAGUGGCUCCCUUCAUAUGAUAAAGAUGGUACUUUUCAACUUCCGGAAAAAUUCAUCUUCCUCUGUGGAUAGAGGAUGGGCAUGGAUAGUACUUUGUGCAUGCUUUUCGGAGUAUUUCAUUAUCCUAGGGAUGUUCAAAUCCUUUGGACUUUUUUUCGUACAAUAUCAAAGAAAGUACAACGCCAGUUCAUCGGUGCUAUCUUUGAUCUUGUCCAUCCAGACCAUUGUAUCAAGCAUCGGCUCCAUCAUUCUAAUGGGAAUUGGAACUCGAUAUUUUACAGAGAGGACUAUGGUCAUGACUGCAGCAAUCAUUGGAUUGUCCGCUAACAUUGGAAAUGCCUAUGCUCCUUCUGCAGGCGUUCUAUUUUUAACACAAAGUUUUUUAUUUGCCAUAUCGUGUAUGUGUGCGCACCUGCCGUCCAUGUUGAUGGUCGGGAAAUAUUUUGAAAAACGACGUGGAAUGGCUAAUGGUAUUGCGAAUGUUGGAGGAAGUCUUGGAGGUUUAGCAUUGCCGUUAUUGUUGACGUUCUUGUUCAAUGAAUAUGGUCUAGAGGGAACCCUAAUACUCUCAGGAGGGAUAUUCCUUCAUUUUCUACCUAUCGGGCUGCUUAUGCAGCCUAUUGAAAGAGAAGGUAUUACUAAUGUCAACGAAAAGAAAGAUUUGACCAAAAUAGACAAAGAUGGAGCUCAUGAAAAUUUUCUUUCGUCAAAUGAAAAAGAUAGCGGUAUAAAUGAUGAGUAUGAGAAGCAAAACACUUCCACCCACUCAAAUCACUCCCUUAACAAGCCUUUCAAUUCAGGUUCCUUUGCAAACAGGAAUUCUGGUCACAUGACGAAUGGUGAAAUAAAAUCCGUAGAGUUAUUCGGAAGUUCAAUUGACAUCGGGAGCACUGUGUCAAUGGAGAAGAUUGACACGAUAUAUGGAAAGAAUAACCCAGAUUCCAAUUCUGUAUCAUCCAGGAAGGAGAGAAAUUGUUGUGUCCGGUUUUUAUUCACAUUAUUCAACUUUUCACUCCUCAAGGAUGCCAAGUUUAUUUUGUUAAUGUCGUCAUCGUUUUUCGUAACAGCUGGUUGUUCUGUUGCAGUUACAUACAUAGCACCAUUCGCAAAAGACCAGGGAUUGCAAUCAAAUAUGAUUGGUUACCUCGUUACAAUUUCUGCGGGAGGUGAUUUGGCUGGAAGAUGUUUAUUCGUGUUUAUUGCGGACAACAGAAAGCUCCAAAGGCAUCACAUGAUGACUAUAGCGAUGAUAGCAAACGGCAUUACAUUUUUCAUGGCAUCCUUUUGCAAUGAUUUUGUGUCAUUGUCAAUAUUCAGCGUCUCCCAAGCGGCAUUCGGAGGAACUUAUUACUCCUUGAUAAAUGUUUUAGUAGUCGAUUUUGUAGGAUUAGAAAAUCUGCGCCAUGGACUCGCAAUGACCACAGUCACGAGAGGGUUGUCAAUUGCAAUUACGUCCACGCUUAUAGGUCUUAUACGAGAUGAGACUGGUUCAUAUGUGGGUGGAUACUACCUCAUGGGGACCAGUUUGGUUUUGGGUGGACUUUUGUUACUUUUGAAGCCAUUGAUAUCUAAAUGAGUAAAUGAAUACUUUCUCGAA